GCGACUUUUGAACGCUAGCAUCGCUCCGGAUCGAAAACUAAGACCAUAUAGAAAACUAAACACGACGGACGUAGCCGAGCGAUAUAUUUCUUGUUUUUGUUUUGGUGCCCAAGGAAUCAGAAUAAUAAAUAGUGCAUAUACAUAGAUUUUAAGUCUGAUUGAUCGUGUGAAAAGUCGCUGUGAAUGCGCAUUGUUAUCUGGAUUCGCCAUGAGAUUAGCAUUGAUAUUGGGCACACUUAGUGCUCUUCUGUGCCUGGCGAGCGGUUUGAGCCAGUCGGAAACGGCCGGUUCAAAGGUCAAUGGCUUUCCAAAGAAGGUGAUUACCCUGAAGAAGCGACCAACUAAAACGCCAACCACAGUGGCCGUUUCGACCAGCAGAGAUACCACUACGAAGCCCAGUAAGCCACGCGUUAAGAUUGCCAAGUCCACUGCCAGCAAAAGCUCCACUAAGGCACCGGCCUUGAGCGAAACCUUUGGCAAUCUGCCUGCCGAUGAUCUUGAGUUCAUUAAGGAACUGGACAAGCAAUUCAGACUGCACGGCGACAAGAUCAAGAUCAAGGUGGAGAGGGAUAAUUCCACAAGCGGUGGCAAGAACAGCAAGAGAACCAUCGAGGGGGAGUUGGGAUAUGGUUACUCGCACUCUGGCUACGACUAUACGCCACCCAAGUUUAUGUUCUAUCCAUACUCGCAGCAUGAUAUACCCUCGGGCUUUGCCCAUCCACAGCCACUGCCAGAGGAGCAAGAGGAACAACAGCAGCCGGCGGCACAAUAUCACCAGCAGCAUCACAACCCCAACCACGAGCAGGUGACCAGCGUAACCAUUGAACCGUCGUACUCUUACGAGCUUAAGCCGCAGACCAGCUAUGAGACUCAUCCGCAGCACACAGCCCCCGAACAGCCACAGAUUGAUCUGCCCCAGGAUGAGGCAGAAGGUGCAGGUGGUCCAGGUGGUUACCAGGAACCUGUAAUUGUCCUGCGCAUUCCAGGACCCGCCAAAUACGCCGCCCACUUGCAGACCCUUCUCCAGCAGUAUCUUGAGAUCAGAGCAGCCCAGUAUCUCAGUUUACUGCAGGAGGCAGAACAGCAACAGCACCACCAGCACCAGCACCGGCAGCAACAUCAGCAUGUAGAUGCUGCGCAGCAAUAUGAAGCAGCAGGGCCUGCCACUUACAACCAGGAUGUUAGCUAUGCCCACCAAUUGGCACCCACUCCUGCACCCGUACAGUAUGCACCCAUCGACGACGUCUAUCAGAGCUACAAAGGUCGCCACCAACAACAGCUGCAGCGGCAGCAGUACGAGACGCAGCAAUACUACGCACCCAUGGACUAUCAGCAACCCACUCAGUUCUACUAUGCCCAGCACCAAUCUCAUUUGCAGCAGCAACCUCAGCUCUAUCUGAUUGCCAUGGCCCAGCCGGAAGCGGAACCAGAACCGGAACAACAGCCACCGCCACCGCCACCGCCACAGCAACAUCAGCAUGUACACCAACAGCCAAUUUAUGUGCCAGAAUCUGAGCCACCUUCAGCACCUGGGGUGGCCCAGGAGCAGGAUCCAGAGCCGGAGCACAGUCUGCUCAUUACGGAAAACAAUCCACGACCUACCCACACAAAGGUUAUCUUCAAUCCCUAUCCCUACCAGCAGCAGCAACAUGCGCAACAUGAGCAUCACCAGCAGCAGCAGCAGCAGCAGCAACAGCCGCUCGAACAGCAGCCUAAUCUCGAGGAGCAACAGCAGGAGUCGGAGGGCGAUCGUCCCUUCAAUUACCAUGCCCAUGGUGGUCUCAAGAUGCGUCCGGGAAAGAGGGCGGCCAAGCCAGAGCCCGCGGUUGAGGACGGGGCCUCGAAUGCCGGCGACCAGAGACUGCAACAGAUCAGGGAGUAUGUGAAGGAGAAACUGGGUGCCGAAAUGGGUUCGGCUGUCGAAUACAAAACAACGCAGCUCCUCGAAGGCUGAGACUCGGAUAUAUGUUCGUCUAGGGGAACGGAGAUUCGCUUGAAUUCAUCAACUGACUGGCUGGAUAAGUAAAGAAA